ACAGAACCGAAGAUUGUUAUGGCAGAUUCGCAUACUACUCGAAAUGUGGAAAGCCCUCUAGUGUGGUCGGUUGUCGAUCCCUCGACGACCGGUGUUGAUGCAAGCAAGUCUACAAGCACCUCCGACGCCCCUGGCGACAGCCCUUCAAACACCACAGCUUCGCCGAAUACCAAUCCUACCACGAGCACGACCACCGAUUCGUCGAACCCAGAGAUCCGUAAAAACGAUGGACAAACAGAGACUGGGGGAGGCGGAAAUCUCGACAGCAAGGACGGUGCGCGAUCCGGUGAAGUGGGAAGUGAUGUCGACAGAUCGGGCAGUGCUUCGCCGACGAAGUCAGAUCGCAAACUGGCCACGAAGAAGCUCUCGUUCAAGCCGGUUUCGCUCAACAGGGCGUUUUUGGGGGAUGCGCCAGCGACGACCGCUGCGCCAGCUUCAAUGAGUUCUGCACUCCAGUCGAAAGGAACCGGAUUGAGCACGGGCCUGUCCCUGGCCGCACCACGACCCAUUGCUACAUCUAAGCUGAAGCUCACGCGGAGCGGCAGUUCCUCGCAAACCUCCAGACCAACCUUAGGAUCAGGAGGCAUUGGUUCAGGUGGUGGCAACUCUCAGCCGGUCUGGAACAAGAAUCAACCUACACCUCCGCCUCCAAAGAAGGAGUUCACCGAUGAAGAGCUCAGCAAGAAGUACGGAAUCCAUUUGGCUUCGAGACUUGGCUCCGACGACACGACAAACAAAGAGGCGAAAUGGGCAGAUAUUGACGACGAUGACGAUGACUGGGUCCCCACAACGAUCGAAUGGAACGACGGCAUGAAGGCUACCAUUCCAGAUGCACCUCCUGCCGUACCGACACCGGAGCCAGUAGGGGAGCCAGCCAAGGAACCGGUGAAACCACCAGCGAAAGAGCCAGCCAAGGAACCGAUCAAAGAUGCAAUUAGAGAGCUGACGCUCGUUACCCAGAAGCCCGGCACCAAAACGUUGCAGACUACCCCAGUUCCACCCACUGUUCGGCAAUCACCAUGGGCAAAGCUGCCGCCUAUCAAUCCGGCACCACCUGUUCAAGUUAGCCCAACUUUAAACUCGCGUCGUCCUCUGGAUAAUGCGUCCCAUCGUGUGGAACGAGAGCCACCUGUGGUCAGGGAGGUCUCUGCAGAAGUCUACGAUCGCUCAUGGCGUGACAGGAAUGGCGCUCAAGGCAACAGAGAACUCUUCAAUUCACAGACCGGCAAGAUGGAGCCCGUUCCGGAUGAUCGUAGGCCCGCCCAUUCGCCGGUUCCCAAGCCAGCAGUACUUCAGAGGCCAGCAGGACCGCCUCAACAAUCAGGAGGGCCUGCUGAACCAUCUGCCGCUUUCCAGACUGGGCGCAGUAGCCAUCGCCCCGACGACUUUAGACGUAGAAGGACUUCAUCUAACGUAAGUGGGGGCAGCGGAAGCGUUGGCCGCAGACUUUCAUUCACACGCUUUGCGGGUGGUGAUCCGCCGACACCGGACGACAUGGGGUUUGCCCGCGAUAGGCCCAUGUACAGUAAUCCGUUCGAUGAACAUGGACCUCCGCAGCGGCACCCAGUCCCUGUUCCCCCGCAAGAGGAACCGGAAGCCCAGCCGCAAGUACAGCCCGAGACGCAGCCACAGCCACCUCAAAUCCCAGAAGAGUCCGCGGAAGAUCUGCUCGCUAAGCAAGAGCGUGUCAUGAGGGAAGCACGCGAAAUGGCGCGGAAACGGAAAAAGGAAGAGGAAGAGAGAGAAGAGGCUGCGAAGAAGGAGCGACUACGGGUUAAGCUUGAGGCGUUAGAACGGUUAGAUAACGAGAAAGAAGCUGCUCGUAAGGCUGAGGAAGAGCGAGAGCGAAUCGCUAAGCAGAAGCAAGAGGCGGAAGAAGCCGAAAGGCGGCUUGCCGAAGAGCGAGAGAAGGCGCUAGUGCGGGAGCGGGAGAGCGCCAAGGCAACUGCCGAAGCUGAAGCUCAAUUGCAGUCGAGACAGCACCAGACGGCAAGCUCGCGCAACGACCCCUCACAUUCCAUAGUGCCUAGCGAGCGGUCAAACUUUGCCGAGAGCAACAACUCUGGAAACAACUUCCCUGGAAGUAACAGCGGCUACCCAAACAACAAUCGCAACCCUACCUGGAAGAGCGGUGCGACUAAUCCGAGAGGCAACAACAACACUCAGUGGGGCUCGUCUCAAUCUUCUAGCCCUUGGGGCGCAGUUGGCGAUGGAUCUCGACCUGGUGUAAACAGCGCCAACAACAACAUGUCCGGUAACGUCAUGAAUAACAGUAACAACAACCGUCCCGUCUUCGAUGGACCCCGUCCCGGUCAUGAUGGAUCUCGUGACCGACACAGCGACCGCCGCACUCCUUCUCCAACCAGUGGCCCACUGGGUGCGAUUUCGAGAGACGACCGUGAUCAAGCUGUCAAUCGUUGGAACAUGCUUCCGUCGCAAAUUGACGCCGACGCUGCGGCUGCUCGCGAGAUUAACCAUGCGGCUCGACUUGCCCGCGAAGCCGAAGAGGCUGCGACCGGUAUCAAGAAGCAGACUCCAACAAUCAACUACGAUAUCGUUGAGGAGUUCAACGAAUAUCAGCUUGACGAGACUGGACCCAAGAGGGCCAUCGAGGCUUCCAAGGUUGGCGCCGGUAUCUCCCCGAGCGAAGAAGUCAACAACAAGCUUGCUGCUAUCCUCAUGGCUCACAAUCAUCACCACCGCCAGCAUGACGAAGCUGGAUCCGAGACUCACAAGAUUGGGAAGCUACCCGAGAAUACCAUUGCUAUUCCAAAGGGUCCUGCUGGCACCAAGCCUUCUCGCUUCUUCCCUACACAGGCCAACAAGACAAUCGCCGAGCACAUCGCCGAGCACAUGAAGCAGAACGAGGAGAUCGCCAAACCCGCGGACGCCAAGCUUGGUCAGGCAGGAUAUCGCAAGAACGACAAUCCGGUUCAGCGAUCGUUCUCGCCACCUCCUCCGAUGUCGGCAGACCAUCCCGUCCAUGGUGCGACCAAGAUCGCCCGUGUUCAACUUCCGGGCGGUGCUGGCAUGCACACAGGGGGGGAGGAGCCGGGCCACAGUGGCACAAUGAAGCGCUUCGAAGAAGUUCAGCGCCGAAUUUUGGCCGGUGUCCCAGGACAUGCUGCUCCCGCCGUGCUCGGCCCUCCGGGUCUCUUCAAGGAAGGACGUGAUCGGAUGACGGUGGCCUCCAAGCCAUCGUUUGACGAUACUCCUGAGAAGCAGCUCAAGGUACCGACCGUGUCGUUGCCAUGCAAGGUCGAGGAGUCUGCCGGUGACGUGAGCAUGGUCACCGUGCUCGACAGUGAGGAGUUCAUCACGGAGUUCUUCCAACAGGACUUCGGAUCAACUCCGAACGUUAGGAUUCCUCGGCCGGCACAUGGCUUCGAUGUUCCCGCGGCAACCAACGGUAGAAAUACCGUCAAGAGAGCUGCCGUCAAGGACGGAGUUCAGUCUGUGCCGUUGUACCACCCCUUCGGAUUCAAGGACUUCACCAAUGGGCAAGGUGAAAAGUUCAUUCCCAUCCAGUUUCCUGGAGGGAUCCGUAAGGAGGUGGCCUACAACGGGCAGCUGUUCUUCCCCGGAAGCGGUAGUGGUGGUAGCGGGGACAAGCGGGGCGGCAGGGGGUUCCCGAAGAAGAGGGGCGGUGGGCGCGGGGGGUACGCUGGUGGCUUCGGCCGGAAGAAGGCCCCAGAGGCCUAA